CGCAUCGGAACAGUUCAGGGAGUCGGGGAGGUCCGUGGUAAGGAAUAAACAGAGUGAAGAGACCGCGCGAGAGACGAAGAGUGGGGAAGGAGAAAGAGAGAGAAAGAUAGAGAACGAACAGGCAGUGAGACGAUCACGAUGCACGGAGGCGAGCACAAGCGGCCAGGGGCACAGGGCUGAGGGCUGAGGGCUCGACAGGGCCUGGAAUAACGUUCACGGGACGGCCGUGGGCCAGUCAGCAGCUAUGGAACAAACGAAAACUCCCGCGUCCCGAUUACUCAGCACGAGUUGUAUAGAGAAUAAGGACGACUUAGAAGAGAAAUUUGAAAAAUGUUAUACGGUGCUCCAAAAUUUGACUGCAGGAUUAUCUGAAAAAGAAGCCCAUGAUACAUUAAAUAAUGCUGUGUGUAAGGAUAAAACACACGAAGAAGUUUCAUUGGGGUUGUUAGUAGUUAUUUUAACAGAUCCUCAAAGUGCAGCCAAAAGUUAUAGAGACUUAACAUUAAUUACAAGAGAUGGUCUUGCAAUUGUGUUAGUACAUCUUAAUCAAUUAGUACUUGAAAGAUAUUUACGAUUAAAUGAUGUAACCAGAAAUCAAUUAUUAUGGUUAUUAAGAGAGAUGAUAAGAACCAGUGUAGCUAGUGUGGAUAAUCUUUGUUUAAGUUUAUUAAGGCAUGCAGCUGGUGGUGAUAUUUCACCACGAAAUUUGUUCUUAGUUGAUGCACUUUUAGACAUUUUUCAAGAAAAUCGACCUUGGCUAGAUAAAUUUCCAUUUUUAGUAGCAUCCAUUGUUUAUACCUACUUACGAUUAAUAGAAGAUCAUAAUGCACCUCAUUUAUCUGGUUUACGUCAAAAAGAAGUUACCUUUACUGUAUCUUUAAUAAGAGAACGUAUGGUUGAUUGUUUGGUUAUUGGAAGGGAUUUGGUGCGCCUAUUACAAAAUGUGGCACGAAUACCUGAAUUUGAAGCACUUUGGAAAGAUAUGCUUCUUAAUCCAAAAUCUCUUUGUCCAAAUUUCAAUGGUGUCCUUCAACUUUUACAAACUAGAACUUCUAGAAGGUUUCUACAAUCUAGACUUACACCAGAUAUGGAAAGAAAAUUAGUAUUUUUAACCAGUCAAGUGCGUUUCGGUAAUCAUAAACGAUAUCAAGAUUGGUUUCAACGGCAGUACCUGGCUACACCAGAAUCACAGUCUUUGAGAUGUGAUCUUAUACGAUUUAUUGUUGGUGUUAUCCAUCCAACAAAUGAGUUGUUGUGUUCAGAUAUUAUACCUCGAUGGGCAGUAAUAGGAUGGUUAUUUACGACUUGUACAUCAACCGUAGCUGCAAGUAAUGCUAAAUUAGCUUUAUUUUAUGAUUGGUUAUUUUUUGAACCUGAGAAGGAUAAUAUUAUGAAUAUUGAACCUGCAAUUCUUGUCAUGCACAAUUCUAUGAGAUCCCAUCCACCAGUCACUGCCACAUUAUUAGACUUUUUAUGCAGGAUAAUACCUAAUUUUUAUCCACCUUUGACAGAGAAAGUAAGAAAUGGAAUCUUUUCAUCUCUAAGACAAAUUUUAGAGAAACGAGUUUUGCCAAGUCUUUAUCCAUUAUUCGACAGUCCUAAGUUAGAUCGUGAAUUGAGGAGUAAAAUAAGAGAAACAUUCAAAGAAUUUUGUUUACCACCUAAUGCAGAUCCUGCAGGAAAUAAGGUUCCUGUCUAUUCAGGUAAAAUGGAGGAACUAAAUAAGGAUCUUGCACCAGGAGCUACACUAGAAAAUGCAGUAAAUACAUCAGUUGAAAAUAAUCAUAUAAAUCAAGAUCCUGAACCAGCUUUUAGUGAUGAAGAAGAAGAAAUGCCAUUAAGGAUAGUGAAUAAAGUUGAAGAAGAAGAUGAAGAAGAUGUUCCAUUAGCUAAUGUGAAAUUGAAAAAUGAACAAAAAAAUGCAAAUUGUGUUGUGAAGAAAGAAGAUAUUACAUCUCAAUUAAAUUUAAUUUUAGAACCAGAAGAGUUAAGGACUGCUAUUGAAAGUUUGCAUAGUGAAACAGACAAUGAAGUGAGGUGUCAAACAAUGGAAAGGAUAGUACAAAUGGUUGUAGAAGAUGAAAUAGAUGCAGAAACUAUACCAGCAUUGGCUUCUUGCAUAUCAACUAUUUUAUCCUCACAAAUUACAUCUCAAAUAUUUCCAUCAGAUAAUUUGAAUGAAGAAGCCUUGACUGAUAGUAUAAGCACACCAUUAUUUGUUAUGUUUCGAAAUCAGUUUCAAUUGUGUAAAGAAGAAGACAAUAGGCGGAAACUUUUAGCCCGAGUACUUGCAGAGAUGCAGAACAUUCAACCAAGGAUAGGUUACUUAUUACUUUAUUUUUUGAAAGUUUGGGGUAGAGGAGAAGAAAAACGAGAAGGUGAACAAAGUAAUGUAUUAAAUGAUGUUAAAGCAUCAGUAUAUAAAGAUUUUUGUGCUCAUAGAGAGAAAAAGUUAGAUGCGUGUUUAGUAUCAGAUUUGAAGCUCUGUCACGAAGACAACAUAUUUAUGCUAUGUUACCUUGUGCCUGAUGUAUACAUGGGAUUUCAAAAUGUAACUCUUGGAAAUAUUCAAUUAUUGCAUUUGGUCGUUUCGACUGUUGAUGCAUGCCAAUUACAAGAAUUAGUUUGUCAAAUAAUGCAAGGACAUUUGAAAAUGUUAAAAAAGGAAUCAUUUACAUCACUUUUGACAGCAAGUUUAAAUUGGGAAACCUUUGAACAAUAUUGUUUUUGGCAACUUAUUUUUGCCCAUGAUUUUCCAAUUGAAUAUGUAUUGCCUGUUUUACCUAAAUUACAAUUUCGAGAUCACGCAGAAGCACUAACAUCAAUAUUAUUUAUGCUUAAACAAGAAAAGCCAACGUUAGAACUUCUGCGACAAUUGCUUGCACGACAAAAUGUGGAUGGAGAUAUGUUUGUCGUAGCAGCAUUACGUUACUGGUGUCGUGAUUAUGAGGAAAAACUCGGAGAAUUACUUGCAAAUCUUCUGAGUACUCGUUAUCCUGCUACGAGUCCAAAUAAACGGAAACGAUCUGGCGCUAAACAUAAUCAACAGCCUGGUCCACCCACUGGUGAACAAGUUCUUGGUCAUUUAGAUCAAUUACGACAACAUUGUAUGUCUUCUGCUGAAUUGCAGCUUUAUCAUUCCGAAGGAAUGCAAAGGGCUUUGCAACAAGCACAAGCAGCUAGUAGUGAUUCUUUAAGAAAAAGUUAUGGAGAUUUAUUUGCUCUCGCAGAAGUUAAUGAAGAGAAUGAACCUCCUCCACCUCCACCAACAAGCUCAGCACGAAAACAUACAGCAGCAGCAACUGGAGGUGGUGGAGGUGCUGGUGGUAAAGGAGGUCAUAGAAAAACUGGUGCUAAUACGAGGGAGAGGUCUAGUUCAAAAAGGCCACUUCCUCGAUAUCAUUUGGAUAGUACAUCUAGCAGUGAGGAAGAAGAAAUUGUGAAUGUAAAACAAGCAAAAAAAAGAAAAAAAAUUAAUCCAGUGGGCUCCGAUAGCGACUGACCACCCAGUGUCUUCAAAUGUCACAUGGACCACGUUAUGUGUGUGCAGCAAGCUAAACUAGCCUUAAGAAUAGUAAGAUAAUAUAGUAUACGUAAUAGAUCUAGCGCGACUUGUACAUAUAGUAUAUGUCAAUAGUGAAUGCGAAAUAAUGCUGAUCUUACACAUAUUUCGCAAACGCUAUGUAACAACUGUUGCCAGAUUCUGUAAUUUCAUUAAUUUCAUUAUUUGUAUCAAACACAUUCUAAUGAAAGAUAUAUUUACUAGAAUGUAUGUGAUAUUUAAUGAGAAGAAAAUUUAUAAAUACUGGUUAUAGCUUUUCUAGGUAAAUACAUAUGACAGAUUAACUUGUCAUGACAGAUCGAUAUUCUGGAUUCUGUUUUGGGUAAGAAAAAUUUUAUCAUGUAUCUGUCAGAUAAAGUUACCGAGAGGCACAAAACUAGUCAUAAAUUAGAUAUACUCUUAAAUUCAGAAAAAUAUGAAUUUAAGAAUUGGAAAUUGAAUCUGGCAAUAUUGCUAGAAAUAAAGUGAUACGAAAUAUCUUUUUUUGUAAUCACUUUAUUUCUAAAGAAAGAAAAAAAUGAAGAUCUGUCAUCCAUAUCCAAUUUUGUGGUUGGCAUCAAAAAAUGCGGGCACAAUUGUGCUUAGUGUUAUUAAUAAUUUGUUUAUUAAUUUUGCGAUUAGUAUAAUUGACCCUAUUGUCCAAAUUUAUUUCUUUUUCUUCUUCAUUAUAUGAUAAUUAUAAGACUCGCGUCUCACAAAAUAGUUAACAAAGAAAAAAUGGUUACUUUUGUUGCCAUAAAUUGUGAACGCAAUUUAUAUAAAUCGUUGAUAGCUUUUUAUUUAGAAUUAAGGACCUUCUGCAGGAGAACAAGGAUGUAUUAAGAAUUCCUCGUUCCAGCACGAAGCGUACAGUUUUACGACCAAAUGUAUUUUACGUCUGCGCUUAGUAAGCAUAAUCAUUCUCAAGACGCAACAAUUUUUAUAUUUUACACGAUGCAAGGUCUAUUCUUUUAAUAGUUUUGUUUCUAAAACAAUGACUAAUGUCAUUAAUCUUUUUAUGUUUCUAUUCAAAUAUUCGAAUUUAAUUAACCAAAAGAAAAAAAAGAAAAAAUACAAGAAAAAUGUAUUUUUUUCAUCAUAAUAUUUAUAAUGUAUUUACAAGGACUGUAUGUUCUUAAUAUGCAAUGUUUAUUCUUUAUAAAUCUGUCCUUUAGUAUUUUUAUAAAAUAAAUUUACUACUUUAUAUUAGAUAUGAUUGGUAUUGUUUCAGAAAUGGAUAUUAUUUAAAUAAUAAAAUAAAGGAACAUCUUCCAUCGUGUAUAAAACGAAGCGUCAUGUACACUUAAGUCUUAGAAGAAUGUAAGCGUGAAAUAUCACCGUUCACCUCUGUACAUUUCCUGUAAAAUCGGUUACUUGUAUAAGUAACUGUGUUAUGUAUUUUCUAAUUGUACAUACCAGAGAGAACGGAAUUUGUAUGUUAUGCAUGAAUGUUCGAGUAUAUAAAUAUGUACGAGAAUUUUUCAAAAUUCUAAUUUUUUUUUCAUGAGGAGUGUUUGUAUUUCCGAUUUUAUCGAAAACGAUUCAUAAUUCAUUACGAACAGAAAGAAAAAUAAGACGAAUAUCUCAGCCAGUACGAAUGUUUUUUUAGUUAUAUGCGUACAUUGUACGUACUAGCCAUUUUUAAUGGUGUAUAAGGUGUGAUAGUUGAUAUUGUUAUUAGGUUUUUUCUACUUGUAUAUAAACUGUGACGUUAUAUGAAAAAAUAUUUAAAAUCGAUGACUGAAUGAAUGCAAAAGAAAGAAUAUAUGAAGAAUGAAAGGAUAUAGUACGAGAGGAAGAGAAAGAGAGGCAAACACAGACACAUAAAUAAAACAAAAAAAAAAAAAAAUUAAAAAAUAAGAAAAAUUGCAAAAUUAACAAUGCGCGGGGCAAUACGGAAAAUAAAUAUGUAAACAUUUAAUGUUUUUAACGAUCUUGUACACACGGAUACACAUGUAAAUAUAUGAAUAUAUUAUCGUAACGCGAGCAUAAACAUUUAAUGUUUUUAACGAUCUUGUACACACAGAUACACGUAAAUGUAAAUACAUCGAAAAAUUACCGGAAGUAAACCUGUGAUUCCUA